CCGAGUUUUGUUCCUGCUCGUACAAAUUGCGCAGUCGCUCGCUUGUUUACGCUCGUUGCACCGGCCACUCCACUCGCUCUGGAAGACCCCUAAGACCCUGAAGAUUGUUAGACCACUUCUCCGUUUCACAGCCAACGCAACGGCCUCUUUCGACCACUGUCCUGAUCGCCUACCUAUAACCACAUUCGAUUUUGGAUUGAAUUACACCGUCUCACUGAUAUCGACCUGUUGUGCCUAGUCACGUCGGUCAUCCGUUGCUGUGGGCACCCGAGGUUGAUAAGAUACUGAAGCGAAGGGGAUUGACACCCCCGCUUGCUCGACAGGACGAGAUAGAUAAUCCGGCCGACGGGCUUUAUUAAUCAUGCGGUUUACUGCUCUUUUCCCUAUUGCGUGCCUGCUCUUGUUAGCGAUGCUCUCAACCGCAUGGCAGUUUGACGGGUUGUUGGGUCACGGUCAACUUUUGCCUAGGCAGGAUGACUCGGACUCAAACUCGGAUACUACGACCGCAGCCGACAGUGCGACUACCGGCGCGACCCCCACGGACGACCAGGCGGAGGAAACGGCCACGUCCACAUCAUCCUCUGACAGCGACAGCGACACAACGGAAUCUGCCACUACAACUGCCAAGGCGACUAAGACUGGCAGCUCCUCGUCGAAUUCAACGACCACUCACGCUUCGAACUCUACCACCACAUCAGUCGACCCUCGUCUCCCUCCGGGUGGUAUCUCCAUGUUGACGCCGAGUUCCGCAUCAACGACAUACUACAAGAUCGGUGAUAUUAUCACGUUUGUCUGGAAUUAUACGUCGCUAUCUAUCACACCCACUGCUGUCAAUGUUGUCGCAUCAUGCAGUCUCAACAGUGCUACCUACACCAUCUCGAGCAAUAUGAGCGUCGAGGAGACCCAAACUGUGACGUGGGACACGGGAAAAUUCCAAGCAAACGCCACGGCUCCGUUGCUUACCGCGACUUACACCAUGAUUGUAUACGACGAGAGCAAGGACAUUGAUGACACUGCCUCUGCCGGAGAGCUGAGCUCGCAGAACCGUUACUACUUUGGAAUGUACACUCCGCAGCCUUACACGGACCUACCAAACUUUGUCUGUGCCACAUGCAAUGGCGCUCUCUCCGCCACCGGCCUUCUUGGUCUGAAAAUGGCCUUGGGAAUGGGUCUGAUUACCAUCGCAUCCUUCACUUGGUUCGCCGGCAGCUUCGGCGUCUUCUCUACUUGA